ACUCACAGUUUGCGUUCGAACCGCUUUAUGGAUGUUAAAAACUUGUAAUCUUAUUCCCAUCACAAACUACCCACCUCCAUCACUAUCCUGUAAAAUUCCGGAAUCCAAACCAACGUGACGUAAAAUCUUUUCUUGAAACUAUCAAUCUUUCCUUUUCAUCUUCUUAAAAACCCAUUAUUUUAUCAUACAGAAUAGAGUAUCUCAUCUUUCUCCAUAGUUCCCAUCUUACCUCUUAGCUUCAACUUUCUUCAUCAAUUCUUCGUCAAAAAACAAAACUUGACAAAAAUGGGUACAGAAUUAGAGGUUUCAGAACCCUUAAUUGAAGAAUCAGAGAAAACAAUCAAACAAGAAGAAAUCCCAGAUUGGAAAGAUCAGAUUACAAUUAGGGGUUUAGGAGUUAGUGCUUUAUUGGGUACUCUUUUCUGCAUAAUUACCCAUAAGCUUAAUUUAACAGUUGGGAUUAUCCCUUCUCUUAAUGUUGCUGCUGGGUUAUUAGGGUUCUUUUUUGUUAAAUCAUGGACUAGUGUUUUAUCCAAAUUUGGGUUUUCUGUUAAGCCCUUUACUCGUCAGGAGAAUACUGUUAUUCAGACUUGUGUCGUUGCUUGUUAUGGACUUGCUUUCAGUGGUGGUUUUGGUUCAUAUUUGAUUGCAAUGGAUGAGAGAACAUAUAAUCUUAUUGGUCCAGAUUACCCUGGUAAUCGGGCCCAGGAUGUGAUUAACCCUGGUUUGUGGUGGAUGAUGGGCUUCUUGUUUAUUGUGAGCUUUUUGGGACUUUUCAGUCUUGUCCCACUUCGAAAGGUUAUGGUGAUGGAUUAUAAGCUCACCUACCCAAGUGGGACAGCAACAGCUAUGUUGAUUAACAGUUUUCAUACAACUACUGGAGCUGCUCUUGCUGAGAAGCAAGUGAAGUGUUUGGGGAAAUACUUGAGCUUUAGUCUUAUCUGGAGUUGCUUUAAAUGGUUUUUCAGUGGAAUAGGUGAUUCAUGUGGGUUUGAUAACUUCCCCACUCUUGGCUUAACAUUAUUUAAAAACACGUUUUACUUUGAUUUUAGUCCAACGUAUGUGGGAUGUGGUCUUAUCUGUCCACAUAUAGUGAAUUGCUCUGUCCUGCUUGGUGCUAUAAUCUCAUGGGGAUUUCUUUGGCCCUUCGUCUCUAAACAUGCUGGUGAUUGGUAUCCAGCUGACCUUGGGAGCAAUGACUUCAAAGGACUUUAUGGCUAUAAGGUAUUUAUUGCAAUAGCCCUCAUUCUUGGUGAUGGUCUCUACAAUUUGAUCAAGAUAAUCGCUGUAACUGUAAAAGAGAUGAGCAAUAGUAUGAGCAAAGAGAAGCUUCCCAUUAUGCAAGAAAUUCCUGGUUCGAAGGAUUCCCAAAUGCUUCUUGAGCAAAAGAGAAGGGAUGAGAUAUUCUUGAAAGACCGGAUACCCUCCUGGUUUGCUGGGGCAGGAUAUGUAGGACUUGCUGCAAUAUCCACUGCUACAAUGCCGGUUUUGUUUCCACCAUUGAAAUGGUAUUUAGUACUUGGCGCAUAUGUAAUUGCACCCGCUCUUGCCUUCUGUAACUCAUAUGGAACAGGGCUCACUGAUUGGAGCUUGGCAUCAACAUAUGGGAAAAUCGGCCUUUUCUUGUUUGCUUCCAUUGUUAGAACCAACGGCGGGGUAAUAGCUGGUUUGGCAGCUUGUGGCGUAAUGAUGUCAAUUGUCUCCACAGCUGCUGAUCUUAUGCAAGACUUUAAGACGGGUUACCUCACCUUUUCUUCUGCCAAAUCUAUGUUUGUGAGCCAGUUGAUUGGAACUGCCAUGGGUUGUGUAUUAGCCCCUCUAACAUUUUGGCUAUAUUGGACUGCUUUUGACGUUGGUUCACCUGACGGUCCUUACAAAGCACCUUACGCUGUAAUAUUCAGAGAAAUGGCAAUUCUAGGAGUCGAGGGCUUCUCAGAACUUCCAAAACACUGUCUCGCUCUUUCUUGUGGCUUCUUUGUUGCUGCCAUUGUCAUAAACUUGCUAAGAGAUGUUACUCCAACCAAAGUCUCGAGAUUUAUCCCAGUUCCAAUGGCCAUGGCUGUUCCGUUCUACAUUGGAGCAUACUUUGCAAUCGAUAUGUUUGUAGGGACCGUUAUUCUGUUCGCAUGGGAGCAGAUAAACCGCCAAGAUUCCGAGGAUUAUGCAGGAGCUGUGGCUUCGGGUUUGAUUUGUGGCGAUGGAAUAUGGACUAUACCAUCCGCUAUCCUUUCUAUUUUCAGGAUUAAUCCCCCAAUCUGCAUGUACUUUGGACCAGCUGUUACCAGUGGAACAUAAGUUCAUCUUUGCGCUGCCUUUGAUCCUUUCAGAACUGUAAAUACGCUAAGUUUCCCUCUGCAGUAGACAUUACACGUUCAAGCUAUAUACUGUGCUGUGGCUCUGACAUUACUAUCUGUUGUUUAUAGACAUUAGUUCCUUUAUGUAAAUGCUAUAUGGGGAGGUUGAAAAGUAUACCACUCAAGUUCAUUUCAA